UUUCGACUGGUUGGCAGCACUGGUUUACCUUUAAAUUAUAAAAAAAUGGAGGUUUUAAAACUUGUUGCUUUGCAUGCAUUCAGAAUAAUGGCACGAAGAAAUAGCUUUUCCAAAAGAUGCUAUUCCUUAAAAAACAUAAAAACAUUCUCUGAAGUGCCUACAUUAAAAUCAUAUCCACUAGUUGGCCAUACAUAUUUAUUUUUGCAAAAUGGACCAUAUAAAUUUGAGAGGUUAACUGAAGCAGUGCUGGAUAUAAGCAAAACAUUAGGACCAAUUUUCAAGCUUAACUUAGGUAUCACUUUAUUAAUUACCACAAAUGCAAAUGAUACAAAAACAUUAUUUCGGAAUGAGGGAGUUCAACCUAUUAGACCACCUUUUCCUGCUUUGUAUCAUUAUAGAAAAAAAGAAUUUAAUAGCACAGGUGUGGUUCCUGGAAAUGGGGAUGAAUGGUAUAAAUUUAGAACAGGGGUAACGCCAUUGUUAAGAAACCCAGUGGUCGCCCAUUAUUUAAAUAAACAUGAAAUUGUAGCAAAAGAUUUUCUAAGUUAUUUAGAGAGCAAAUCCAAUGAAAAUAAUGUUGUAAAUGAUCUAUAUGAACUUUUACAAAGAUAUACAAUUGAAGCUAUUUCUGUUGUUUGUCCAGGCGCUAGAUUUAAUUGUUUUAAAAAUUCAGAGAUAAAUGAAAUUCUGGAAGCAGGCAAAAAUUUCAUGGAUGGAUUAUAUGACACCCUAAUGGGACCUCCAAUUUGGAAGUUAUUUAAAACUAAAGGUUAUAAGAAACUUGAAUCUUCUCACAAGGUUAUUUAUAGAAUAAUGAAGAAUCACUUAUAUAAUUUAAAACUUCAGUUUAAUGAAAAUGCUGAAAAAGUGAAGGUCAAUCAACCGUUUAUGUAUGCAUUAUUUAGUAAUGAUAAAUUGUCCUGGGAGGAUAAAAUAAUGGUUUCAAUGGAAGUUUUUUUUGGAGGGAUAGAUGCUACAGCCACUACAAUUGCUUUCACUUUAUAUUAUCUUUCCAAAAACAAACAUAUACAGGAAAAAGCCAGGAGUGAUGUCAAAAAUGGGAAUUAUGGGUAUUUAAGAGCAUGCAUAAAAGAAACUUUAAGGAUGUCCCCCACUGCAGGAGCUAAUAGCAGGGUUUUGGUGCAAGAUGCUGUUAUUGGUGGAUAUUUAAUACCAAAACAUACCUUGGUUUCUGCAUUUAGUCCUAUAACUUCAAAUGAUGAAAGUUAUUUUAAAGAAGCAAAUAAAUACAUCCCCGAUCGAUGGUUACGGGAAAAUCAUGAAGAUUGUCAUAAAUUUGCUUCUUUACCAUUUGGUCAUGGACCAAGGAUGUGUCCAGGAAAAAGAAUAGCCGAAAACGAAAUGAUUAUUUUACUGAAAGAGAUAUUACUGCAUUUCGACCUGGAACUACCUGAAAAUGUUAAUGUUGGAAUGGUUACUAGAAUGAACAGAGUGCCAGAUAGACCAAUAAACAUAAAAUUUACUAAAUUAAUUGUCUAGGAAAUUUAUGACU